AUGAUUAUCACCAUCAAGGAUUCGACUAUGGUGACUCCCGCGGAGGAGACGCCGCAUAGGAGUCUCUGGAAUUCCAACGUCGACCUCGUGGUUCCGAGCAUGCAUACACCGAGCGUCUACUUCUACCGACCUACCGGCGACUCUAAUUUCUUUGACGCCGAAGUUCUCAAGGAAGGUCUAAGCAAGGCGCUGGUUCCGUUUUAUCCAAUGGCUGGACGGUUGAGACGCGAUGAAGACGGUCGAAUCGAGAUCUAUUGUAAUGCCGAAGGUGUGCUUCUUGUUGAGGCUGAGACCACGGCGGUUAUUGACGAUUUUGGUGAUUUUGCGCCGACGUUGCAGCUUCGGCAGCUUAUUCCGGCCGUCGAUUACUCCGGUGGAAUUGAGUCGUAUCCUUUGCUGGUGUUGCAGGUGACAUACUUCAAGUGUGGGGGCGUUUCCCUCGGCGUUGGAAUGCAACACCAUGUAGCUGAUGGAUACUCCGGUCUCCACUUCGUCAAUACGUGGUCCGACAUGUCGCGUGGCCUCGACCUCAUGCUACAACCUUACAUCGACCGGACCCUCCUCCGCGCACGCGACCCACCUCAACCAGCCUUUCGACAUGUCGAAUACCAACCGGCACCACCCAUGAAAAACCCGGUCCAAGCCGACCCGGAAGGAACCACCGUCUCCAUUUUCAAAUUCACCCGGGAACAGCUUAAUUUACUCAAAGCCAAGUCCAAAGAAAACGGCAACACCAUCAACUACAGCUCCUACGAGAUGCUCUCCGGCCACGUAUGGCGCAGUACGUGCAAGGCGCGUGAACUCCCGGAAGAUCAAGACACUAAGCUUUAUAUCGCCACUGACGGCCGUGCCCGGUUGCGCCCGCCGCUACCCAACGGCUACUUCGGCAAUGUCAUCUUCACAACGACGCCGCUCGCCGUCGCCGGGGAACUAAUGUCGAAUCCGACGUGGUUCGCCGCCAGCAAAAUCCACGACGCCUUGACUCGGAUGGACAACGAUUAUUUGAGAUCGGCUUUGGAUUAUCUCGAGAUUCAGCCGAAUAUAUCGGCGUUGGUCCGUGGUGCUCAUACGUUCCGAUGCCCUAACUUGGGAAUCACAAGCUGGGUCCGGCUGCCUAUUCACGACGCCGAUUUUGGGUGGGGCCGGCCUAUUUUUAUGGGCCCCGGCGGAAUCGCAUACGAGGGAUUGUCGUUUAUAAUCCCGAGUGCUUCCGACGAUGGCAGUUUGUCGGUGGCGAUUUCACUACAGAAUCGACAUAUGAAGGUGUUUGAGAAGCUGUUCUUUGAUAUUUGA